UGUGUCCGAUUAUUUGGAAAGGUGAUAAAGGUUUUAAAUUCCAACACCACGAUACGUUCUCCAAGCGGUUGACUGAAACAUAAGUUUCCCAUCUCUAUUUUUGUUCUGCGGCGGGUUUAAACAGCUAUGGGUCUUUCUAACGUAAUAAAAUGUCUCGCCCGUUCGAAUAUUGUCCAAAGCAUCAUUCACCUUUUCAGAGCAAACGACACUCUUUGGGUCGAAAAUGGAAGGUUUUUUUUAAAUGGAACAAAAACGGGAAGGGUGCCUGACGCAUUGUGCUGCCAGUCUCCAAGGAGAUAAAUAUAUUCACUUGUAGCACAUAGUGGGGACACAUGUCAAACAAAGGGACAGCCACAAUAUAAGUGGCAGCAGCUCCCUCGGUUCUCCACCCCUCCCCGCCCCUAAACAAAAUCCAUAGCACGGGGCCGCACGGAGUCUGAGUAUCACUGUUACUGCUGCACACCGCACUGUGCAGGUCGUAUCUGAGCUCCUUCAGCCUGGUGUCAUCAGCAGCAGCCAAUACUUUUUGAAGCAGAGCUGCCGAAAAGGAUGACUAAAAAGGUUUUCACCAACACAAGGGAGAGAUGGAGGCAGCAAAACGUAAACAGCGCCUUUGCAGAGUUGCGCAAACUGGUCCCGACUCACCCUCCAGAUAAGAAACUGAGCAAAAACGAAAUUUUGCGCCUGGCGAUGAAAUACAUCGAUUUCCUGGUGAAGCUGCUUAAAGAUCAAGGAAUAGAUCAAGAAAGUGGGAAGUUUAGCAACUCAGCAUCCUUUCCGGAGGUUACCCACGGAUGGUCCCCAGGACAGAGAGUACCGGUGGAUGGGAGCAGCACCCCCCCUUCACCAGUGUCAGGUAGCAGCAGCGGGAAUGAGAGAUCAGUCAGUCCCAGCAGCUUACCCGAGGACCAGUCCUGCGCAGCCGACAGCGCCGUAGCACCAUCCACUGCCAUUCUGUAUCAGUUUGCUCUGUUAAAAAAGUUAAAUGUUUUGUAGCUCCUAGAAAGCGUCAUGUUCCCUAAAUGUGUGCUUGUCCAUAUUUAGUUCUUCCCUGACCUCCGCGAAAUGCUGGUCACAAAAUCCUUUAUAUCUGUUCACAACAACAACAAAAAAUAAUAACCUGGAAACAAAAUAAAUUCCGCAUCAUUGCCGUGACAUUCAUGCACCAGCCAAAGGUGUUGAGGACCACACUGGUAAAUGAUUACCCCUCAGGUAGUGAAUUCCGCUAUGAAGCACGAAUCGUUUUAUUUCUAAACUCCACCCGUUGGAUUAUUAACAUGCUGCCCUUUUCUAAGCUUAGACUGACCGGGCCGGGGGGAACGGAAUCUUCCUGCGGGUAAUGAUUUUGAAUUCAAUGGGAAACCGGCCGGAUGCAGUAUUGAAAAUCUACCGGCGUAGGGGAGGAUACAUUUCCACUUCAUUUGCAGAUGCUAGGUUUUGUGGUGGGUAGCGCUGCUGAUACCAAUUUGUGUGCAAUAAUGUACUACAGGAAUUUCACUCACCUGCGACAAACCGUGCAGCCAAGUCUCUUGAACAAUUUGGUGCAUGUCUGAGCAGACCUUCCUCCGUGGAAACUGGUUAAUCUCAACUGGAGCUCAGUCCUGGGACGAGAAUCAGUGAUAUGAGCACAUUUCACUGACUGAUGCAUGCUGUUACUUUAGUUCCAAUAAUUAUAAUGUUUUUAUUUUAUUCUUUCUGGUGGAUGGAAUUUGUAAAAUAAGAUUACACAAAGGCAUAAACAUAAAAUAAACAUUUUUUUCUCGUGAGAUUACAAAUGUAAGUUUGUGAGCCGUUGUACAGAGGGGAAGAGUGGGAUCGUUGUCAGUGUCCAAAGGCUUCACUGAGAUUUAACUGCUGUCCACUGCAUGCCUAUCUGGUCUGUAAAUCUAAUCCACAAUCAAGUACACUUCUAAAAGCCUUACGGGAAAUAUGUGUAUAUUGCUAUCUGAAUGUUUGAACAAUUCCUUGAUAUUUUUACUGUUUUGUUUCUGUCCUGGCUAAAUUGGUAUUACUUUAACUUAACUAACUAAAAGUAUAUUAAUAUAUUGGGAAAAGGAAAAAAAAUGUUUUGUUGAGCUAGCCAAAGAGUCUGCAAAUUUAUAAAAUGCCUGUGGUUGUCUUUACUAUUGAUCAGCAAAGAAGAUUAUAGAAUAUAGUGCUGUACAGGCAUUUCAAACUGACUCAAUUCUGAGUUUAAUGUAUUUAUUACUAAAUGUUUUUAAACCAAUCACAUUGUAGCCUCAUGAUCACUGGUACUUUCAAAUAAAUAUAUGUAUUCUGUGUAACUUGCUAGAAUAUACUUUGUCGUCUGUAAGCCUUUUAUCAUAAAAGUGGCAAAGGCAAGGGAAAAUAAAGAAAAGUGAGUCAAACA